AUGGAGACAGUGUUUGAAGGGGCUGAUGAAGAAAGUGCAAGUGAAGGUCCAUCUUUGGAAGAAGGAGUGGUCCUUCGCCACAUACCUGACAUAAACUUUCCAUUUACCGUUCUCUUCUCAACUCUUCUCUACUGUGGUGAGGCUGCCUCUGCUUUGUAUAUGUUUGAUACUUAUCAAAAGAAUAAUGACAAGUUCUGGAUGUCAUUUACCAUUGGUUUCGUUAUUGUGGGAGCAAUUUUGGAUCAUGUCACCCUUAUGUUUUUCCACAAAGACUUGACCGGAAAUAAGGCUGUGUUACUUUUGGGGCACAUGCCGCUUUUAGGACCUCUAGUGAGGUGUUUUCAGACCAUUAUAAAUUACCACAAAUUGUUGAAAAAGCUUAAACAGGAGAAUAAAGAGAGUCAAGUUAGCAUCGGAAGUAGAAAGACGACGCUGGAGACAGAGAUUGGUCUCUCAAUCCAUGAUGUAUUCAUGCAGUGCAGGGCUUUCAAGUGCAUGUCAGUGAUCCAGGCCUUUCUAGGUUCCGUCCCACAAUUAAUUUUUCAGUUAUAUAUUACUCUCACAAUAAGAGAAUGGCCUUUUGGGAGAG